AUGGCCGCAGGAAAAAUCCUUGUGUCCGGUAUUUCCCUCAUCCUGGUUGUGGGUGUUGCCAUCGGAGUAGUUGUCGUCGUGAACAACAAGAGUAGCGAUCCUUCAUUAGCAGAACACCAAAGGACUGUAACUUCAAUGUGCCAGGGGACCGAUGACCCUCAGCUUUGCCAGGACACGCUCAAGGAUGUUAAAUCCUCAGGGUCGGAUCCUAAGGCCUACAUUGCCGCCUCGGUGGAAGCAACUACUAAGAGCGUGAUUCAGGCUUUGAAUAUGAGUGAUCGGCUCUCAGUGGAUCAUGGCAGUCAAAGCCCGGGCAUCAAGAUGGCCCUUGAUGACUGUAAAGAUUUGUUGGAAUUUGCCCUAGAUAGCCUGGAGGCUUCAGCAAAUUUGGUCCGAGAUAACAACAUUCAAGCUGUUCAUGAUCAGACGCCUGAUUUCAGGAACUGGCUGAGUGCUGUUAUCUCGUACCAACAAUCUUGCAUGGAAGGUUUUGACGACUCGCAAGACGGCGAGGCCAAAGUGAAAGAGCAGUUGCAUACUCAAAGCUUGGACCAGAUGGGGAAACUCACUGCGAUCACGCUUGAUAUUGUCACCGAUUUGUCGAAGAUCCUUGAAACCUUUGGGUUGAAAUUGGAUUUGAAACCUGCCUCUCGCCGCCUCAUGGAGGCAACCGAUAACAAUGUGGAUGCAGAAGGGUUCCCGGGUUGGAUGUCUGCAGCGGAUAGGAAGCUCAUGGGAAAUGGCGGCGGCGGAGGUGGCAACGGUGCACCAAAUGCGGUGGUUGCUCAAGAUGGAAGUGGUCAAUUUAGGACCAUUAAGGAUGCUAUUAACUCAUAUCCUAAUGGCUUCAAAGGAAGAUACAUUAUCUAUGUUAAGGCUGGGGUUUACAACGAGUAUAUUAUCAUUCCAAAGACUGCAGCGAAUAUUCUUAUGUACGGUGAUGGCCCAACAAGGACUAUUGUCACUGGUCACAAGAACUUUGUAGAUGGUGUCAAGACAAUGCAGACUGCAACCUUCGCGAACACAGCGCCUGGGUUCAUCGCGAAGUCAAUGGCAUUCGAAAACACCGCAGGUUGGGCAAAACACCAAGCAGUGGCGUUCCGAAACCAAGGAGACAUGUCCGCUUUCUUCGACGUCGCUCUGCAUGGUUACCAAGACACCCUCUACGUCCAAGCCAACCGUCAAUUCUUCCGAAACUGCGAGAUCUCCGGUACCAUCGACUUCAUCUUCGGCGCAUCCGCCACCAUAAUCCAAAACUCCAGGAUCAUAGUUCGGAAGCCAGGUCCCAACCAAUUCAACACCGUCACGGCAGACGGCACGGCGCAAAAGAACAUGGCAACAGGGAUCGUUAUCCAGAACUGCGAGAUCAUGCCGGAGAGGGAACUCUUCCCUGACAGACUCUCAGUGAAAUCGUACCUUGGUAGGCCAUGGAAACAGUAUGCAAAGACAGUGGUUAUGGAGUCGAAUUUGGGUGACCUUUUCUCACCUGAUGGAUGGGCUCCUUGGGCUGGAUCCCAGUUUCUUAAUACCUUGUACUAUGCUGAGUACAACAACGUUGGACCCAGUGCUAAUGUUCAAGGAAGGGUUAAGUGGAAAGGUUACCACCCAAACAUUGAUAGGAACCAAGCUGCGGCAUUCACUGUUGGACAGUUUCUCAAAGCGGGACCCACUGGUACUGCUGAUGAUUGGUUGAGGGCAACUGGCAUUCCUUACGAUGUUGGAUUCACAAAAUGA